AUGGUAUACAGUAGUGCUUCUGCGAAUAUUGUAUUGCGAGAGCAUGUGCAGAAAUCUUACGCAAAAAUCAACUUCUCCGAAUCUUGGAGAAAUCUUCCCGAAAUUCCCACUAGUGAAGAAAUUCUUCAAGACGUAUCAUGGCAAGACAAAGAUGGUCCAGAGCAGCCAAUGGAUUACCAAAGAUUGGCGGAGCCGAAAGAAUUCGAUCCACGUCUGCCACACAACAAUAUCAAAGGGGCUUGGGGCUCUAAGGAAGAAUACCUCGGUUUUCAUUACCAGAUUUUACGAGAAGAUUCGGUUGCCCCUCUUCGUCAGUCUGUUGCUGAAUUCAAGAAAAACAGUGAUAUGAGUGAUACACAAGACACUUCUAUCUACACAGAUGUCCACCUCGUCGGUCUCCAAUUGAGCCAUCUCGGUCCAGCAUUCAGGAUCGAGUUCUCAAGUGACAAAGCUGGCAAAAGAAUUCGGUGGGAGCAGUCAAGCCGACUUACACAAGGUAGUCUCCUGUGCUUAAGUCCAACUAGCGAUAAGUUUCGUUCCAUAUGUAAGGUUGGUACUGUCGCAGCUAGGCCCAUAGAAGGUGGCUUAGACUGUGACCCUCCACAAGUUGACAUCUUCUUUGGAGAUGACGAAGACAUCAUAUUGAAUCCAACAGAGUCAUAUAUUAUGAUUCAGCCCCGAGUGGGAUUUUUUGAGGCGUACCGUCAUGUGCUUGUAGCACUUCAAAAAUUGGCCACUGAACAUUCACCCUAUAUCCAAAAGUAUCUGAUUGAAAUGGAUCGAGAUAUCUUGCCACCUGAUCAUAUCAAGGAAAGACCUUGCCUCGACCUUCGUUCGAUUGCUCUGUCGAGUGGUGAUCAUCUUUCGGACCUUACCGAAGAAGAAGACGAAAAGCUGUGUCAUGUCGAUGUUUUGGUAGAGUUUCCAAUUCUUCCAAAAUCAGGCAUGGAUGACUCGCAACUCGCGGCUUGUAAGCGUAUGCUUACUCAAAGCUUAGCAAUUGUUCAGGGUCCACCUGGUACUGGUAAGACGUUUACUUCCGUCCAAGCUCUCAAAGCCAUGUUGUGCAACAGGGGCAAUGGACCGAUCAUUGUCGCUGCUCAGACAAAUCAUGCUCUUGAUCAAUUACUCACCCACAUUGCUGGUUUCGAGGAAAAUUUUGUGCGUCUAGGGAGCAGAUGUGACAAGAAGAAUUCGACAAUCCUAGCACGAACAUUGUAUGAGCUCCGCGAAGAACACAGAAAAUCGAAAACUAAGCAGUUCAAUGCCGGCGUCAGAUCAGCUUCCAAAGCACACAAUAACUUGGUUGAAUCUAUUGAAUUAAUGCUUUCUCCCAUCACUGCUUUUGGGAUUUUACCUGCUAGAGUUCUUUUGGAAUCAGGCGUUAUGAGUCAAGAACAUUAUGACUCUUUCUUCGAACCUGGAUGGUGCGACUCGGCGGAUACGCAAGAUGAAAACGUCGACCCUCUUGAAUCUUGGCUUGGAGCGCAGAAAGUCCGCAUGCCGAGAACUCCAGUGAUCAACAAGCAUCUUGAGAUAGAAGAUCCUGACCAGGAAUUUGAUCAAUUGCAAGAGAACGAAGUCGAAGUCCAAGCGAAUGAUGUCAUGGAUGCUCUGAACGGGACAUGGGUUUCACUCAGUCGUUCAUAUACAGGUAAAAAUCUUGGUGCCCGGGCCAUUGGUAAGAAUUCUCCUAAGAGCAUACUCGCCAGAGUUGGAAGUCUUCUCGACAUUUCAGACAAGCAUCGCGGUCAUGUUUAUUGCUACUGGGAAAAGCUCUACUAUGAUCAACUGACCCAAAAACUCAAGGAGAAAUUCAAAAGUUACAGAGUAUCGAUGAACGACUUGAAGAUGGCAAAGUGGAAACGUGAUGCCGAUUUUAUCGAUAACUUGGACACAAGAGUCAUUGGUUGUACAACAACUGGUCUAUCUAAAUAUAGAGGACUACUUUCUGCGUUAAAUCCAAGUGUACUACUCAUCGAAGAAGCGGCAGAAACUUUAGAAGCAAAUGUCACGGCAGGUAUCAUUCCAUCUCUUGAGCAAGUGAUACUUGUGGGAGAUCAUCGACAAUUGACGGCAAACACUACACUUGACCGCUUCAUGUCAUACCCAUAUUACAUGUCAGUCUCCUUGUUUGAGAGACUUGUUAACAAUGAUCCGUUCUAUCUCGAUCUUCAUGAUCACCAGAAUGUACGAGACCGAGUCAAUCAUCGCCCUCCAGUUCCUGGCAUGAAUUUUGAUUCAUACUUCUUCUCACACAAAUGGCAAGAACAUAGAGACGUCAACAUGAGUUGUUAUAAUGCUCCGGAAGCUGAAAUGGUUGCUGGAUUCUUCAACUACUUGGUUAUCAAUGGUGUUAAGCCAGAAAAAAUUACCGUAUUAACAUACUAUAACGGCCAACGGAAAUUACUUCUGAAAGAGCUUAGUCAACGUGUCACAAGCGUUGCGACACCAUACUUCAAGGUCUAUACCGUUGAUGCGUAUCAAGGCGAGGAAAUGAAUAAGAAUCGUGUGGUUGUUGCUUUGUCUCGUGCACAGCGUGGUCUUUACAUCUUUGGGAAUGCAAUUACUAUUGCUGGGCAAGAGGCUGACAAUGGUUCUCGAGAUAAGCUUUGGAUGCCGAUUCUUUUGCAUUUAUUGGACGAGCAGAGAUUUGGCUCUAAGCUGCAGCUUUUGUGCUCCAAGCAUGAGAAUUACUCUUAUGUCUCAGAACCUGAACAUUGGGAAGAUCUAAGUGGUGGUUGUCACGAGUUUUGUGGUGGCAUGUUGCCGUGUGGCCAUUUAUGUCCUUAUAAGUGCCAUCCAACUCCUCAUGAUCAAGUUCUCUUAAUAAUUGUGGUCAACCUUGUCGAUGCGAAGAAUGUCGUACAUUUGAUCGCAUGCAGGCUCUUAACUAGCAUCUUCACCAAGAAAGUUACUGCCGAGAAUGAGAUUGGAACCAAUGCAGUGAACACUACUCCUUCCAAGCAGAAAGAACGCUCUCCACAAAAGUCCUGGAAAUUGGAUCAGCAAAUUGGGCAGAACAAUUCAUACACACAGCUCUCAUCUGUUCAAUCGGGUGGUCAAAAUUCACUUUACACAUUCGCAUCCUCUCCCACCAAGAGAGAUUUGUCACCAGAAAAGGGUCGUCAACUUUGGGAUACUUGGGACCCACUUGCAGAUGAAAAGAAGCCAGAUUCUGGGGAUUUGGUCUUUGAAGAAACCCAUAAACCAGUUCGAUUUGAGAAUGGAAAGAGAAUCGUUGGUCCUAAAAUCCAGAAUGUUAUUCCUCGAGUGGUAAGCAGCAAUGAAAUCACUCGUAGCGAAACCCAAAGUCCAAGAAGCAGUUAUGAGGGGGUUCGAAACUUUGAUGAGAUUUUCUCCAGCAAUCACGAGAUCAAUGGGGGUAGUAACUGCAUUGCUUACAGCAAUAAUGGAAUUCUUCGAAAUGGCAACGAUGGUUUAGCCUUUUCCAUCAAGAAUAGUAUUCCUAACCGAACUAACGGGGUUCACACAAACGGAGUUACUCACGGUAGCAACGAUCUUCUUCUUAAUGCUGCUUUCAGCAACGAGGUCGAUUUUAGCAACGGCGAAACCACUACCAACAGUGACGAGGCUGUUACUGCUCCAGGUUCCAAGGAUGACAUGCUCAAAUUCAGUAACGAUGAUUUUGAUUUUCUAGAAGGUCUUUAA